AGUGAUCUAGCAACCAACGAUCGAGUCACAGCGACGAGCCAUCUCCCAAAAACCCAGCGUGUGGAGUGCGUGUGUGUGUGUCUGUGAUCGCAGGACAUUUCUUCCGUGUUUCGGGUGAAGAUCGUGUGUGUGUGUGUUUUGUGUUUAAACGUGUGACGAGUGCGAGACAACGAAAAUGAAUCCCGUAGUGCUGCGUACCGUCUUUGCCGUUGUGCUGGUUGGUGUCGUUGCGGUCAGUGCCGCCACCGAGGACUAUCAGAGCCAGAGCUUGCGGGCUAUCGUGCGGGUGUACGAUGAGUGCUCCAAGGCUGAGACCGGCUUCAGUCCGUGUCUGAAGAAGCGCGCCAUCACCUUCAUCGAUCGUCUGUCCCGUGUCGAUGCGUUGGCGCUCGGUGAUCUCAAGAUUGUACGCAACGAGCGGGCAGCAGAACCAAGCAAACCACUGACCGAGGCUGAGCUGGAGCAGAGCCUGCCACGUGGGCUGGAGGCACGGGAUGAGGCACUGACGAACAUGCUGCUCGAGAAGGUGGCCGGAAUCUUUAGCAGCCGCACGGUGCAGGUUACGCUGCCGAAACUGUCCAGCGAGGAGCUUGGCCGUGGCUUAGAGGAAGGCCGCGGCAAGAUGAAGAAGAUGAUGAGCAUGAUGAUCAUGGGCUUCAUGAUGAAGAUGGCCGCCAUGGUGCCGGUUGCGAUUGCCGGUCUCUACCUGCUCGCUGGCAAGGCGCUGAUCGUGUCCAAGAUCGCCCUUCUGCUGGCCGGUAUCAUCGGGCUGAAGAAGCUGGUCGCGAGCAAGCAGCAGCACGGUAGCGGUUGGUCGAGCGGUGGCUCCGGACACGGUGGCUGGGAUCGACGAUCGGCCGAUGCUGCGGCCGUCGCCCAAAACAUGGCCUACAGUGCGUACGCCAAGAACCAGGCGUAAAGCAGCCAAAAAUCUUCAUCCCCAUCAUCAUCACCAACAUCACCUACCUACCUUCUUCUUCACACGCUGAACAACAGAAGUCCUUCAUCCCAAAUCUUCAUCGUCAUCGAUCCGCGCGGCGCUGGACAGCAGGAACCAUCUAGAAUCAUAUUUAUUUAUUUAUUUAAGUUAUUUAAAUUAUUUAAACGUUGCGCCCGUUUUGCCGAUAGAUAGCCCGUCCUACUCGAACUCUUUUAAAUGGCCCUACUUUUCCCUAGCGUUCUCGCAUGACUUUCCUCGUAUGUGACCCGCGGAAAAGCUCGCUACAUUCCAACUUUCUUUCACCUUUGUCUAACACUUCUUUGCGGGACAAAACAAAAAUGGCACCCAAUCUGCAUACAAUCGUCUCUUGCCUGUUUCCCACACCGCUUCAUUUCUAUCAAUCGCCUAUCAAACAAUUGUCCCUCGCUCCGUACUUUCUCCACGCCCGCUAAAGUAUUCCCUCCCAGGCCCUUGAUUUUCGCUUUUCUAUCGCCUUUUCUCACCUUCUAGCUCGCUGACACACACACACACGAUUUCAAUCGCUUUAUUCAAUUGUUUCGCGUAUUUUCACGCUCGCGUCCGAUUCGCCAACGUCGGUGCAUCGGUGUGCAUUCUCACCACGCCACGCCCCGGACUCCACGCUCAGUUUUGUCCCCGACUUUCACUCCUCACUCAUCACGCGUGUUGAGUGUGCGAUUUUUCCGACCUCGCCACAAUUUUCUCCAAUUUUCCGAACCAUAGUCAAUUUGCAAAACCGUCUGGGUGGGGGGAGGCGGGAUAGGCAAGGGAACUGCAACUGCAAACACGAACAGGCAACGUGGAUUGCUCCUCGGGAGGCGGCAAGUAGGACAACAACAUUAUACGGCUAGCACAAGCAUGAUACAGAUGAUGCAGUUGUUAUGUACGGAGUUAACUGCUCGACGACAGCAACGAGACACACACAGACAGAGACAGUAAACAAAAUUUAUAGACAGGGCUGCCGCCCGAGUUUCCCGAAGGAAAAACAAGCAACAUAAGAAAAAAAACGGAACGGAACAUCCAACCAAAACAACAGUAUCGUAAACCUAGCCAGCAUUAAUGAGAUGAACCGAAGAAAAAAUGCGGACAGCAAGCACACAGUUUUCUUACACAGAUGCAGCAGCAGAAGAGAAGCGAGAAGAACUUGAAAACACAGAAAUGCAACCAAACAGAGUCAAAUC